CAUGGGAAGUGGAGUUUUGUUCUGGGCAACACAGAGCACGACAACAAAAGGAUCUUUUGAGAUUAGAUGUCACAUAAAAUGAAGAUAAAUGGACAAAUUAAAGAUUUUACAUUCGUAUAAGGCCUAUGAAAUGCCAGACCGGAAGUGUCGGCGCGGUGCUGAGACUGUCUUGACUUUGGUCGUAUUUCAUUACGGGGAGUGUGGACGCUCAGACUGAAGGAAGGAAGGUUUUGUGGAAACUUGAGGACAUGCGGCGUCUCCUGCGAACUUUAUUCAAACCCAACUUCCUACGAGCUGAAGAAAGACCCGAAGGGUGAAGCAUGAACUGAGGAAGAGAGGAAGAGGAAGAGGAGGGGGCGAAGAAGAGCCGUUCACUCCCAUUGAUCCAAUAUCGAGAGCUGCAGUAACGAUGAAGGCUGCUGCUGCCGCCGCCGUGGCUCUCACUGUGCUGAGAGUCUUCUUCAGCCUGGACUGUCUGUCUGCUCUGUCAGACAGACACACUCCGGAGGACGAGGCAGAACCACAGAAGAAGAAGAACCAGCCGCACAUCAUCUUUAUCCUCACAGACGACCAGGGCUUCAACGACAUCGGCUACCACAACCCGACCAUCAAGACUCCCACUCUGGACAAACUGGCGGCAGAGGGCGUGACGCUGGAGAACUACUACGUUCAGCCCAUCUGCACGCCGUCACGCAGCCAGCUCAUCACCGGCAGAUAUCAGAUCCACACAGGACUCCAACACUCCAUAAUCAGACCGAGCCAGCCGAGCUGUCUGCCCUCACACAUGGACACUCUGCCCGAGAGGCUCCGCGAGGCCGGGUACUCCACACACAUGGUGGGCAAGUGGCACCUGGGCUUCUACAGGAAGGCUUGCCUGCCCACCAGAAAAGGUUUCGACAGUUUCUUUGGUUCUUUAACAGGAAGUGUGGAUUACUACAGUUACGGGUCCUGUGAUGGCCCGGGGCUGUGUGGGUAUGAUCUCCAUGACGACGAGGGCGUGGCGUGGGGCCAGGAAGGAAAGUACUCCACCACGCUCUUCACACAGAGAGCUCGCAAGAUCCUGGAGAGUCACGACCCCACGGACAGACCGCUCUUCCUGCUGCUCUCCCUGCAGGCAGUUCACACUCCUCUACAGACGCCCAAGUCCUACAUCUACCCGUACCGCGACAUGGCUAACGUCGCCAGGAGAAAGUUUGCCGCCAUGGUGUCCACGGUGGACGAGGCGGUCCGAAACGUCACCUACGCUCUGAGAAAAUACGGAUACUACCGCAACAGCGUUAUCAUCUACUCCACCGACAACGGAGCCCAGCCAUACACCGGAGGGAGCAACUGGCCGCUACGAGGCCGAAAGGGGACGUACUGGGAAGGCGGCGUCCGUGGAGUCGCGUUCGUUCACAGCCCCCUGCUGAGACGCAGGAGACGGGUCUCCAAAGCUCUGCUGCACAUCACAGACUGGUUCCCCACCCUGGUGGGUCUGGCCGGGGGAAACACCAGCCGGAGUCGGGGCCUGGAUGGGUUUGAUGUCUGGCCCACCAUCAGCGAGGGGAAGGAGUCACCACGUCAGGAGAUCCUUCACAACAUUGACCCUCUGCACAAACCUCCUGUUCACAGCAUGAACUGGGCCGUCAGCACAGAGAAGGCCUCGGUAAACAAAUCGAAAGGCCCAAAGAAGCCAAAGAAGAAGAAGAUCCUGAAACAGAAACUGAAGCAGAAGUCGGCGUUCAAGUUGAAGACCACCAAGAAACCUCGGUCGUUUUCCCAUCAUGCCGCUAAACCCAAACUCAAGUCGAAGCCCCUUCCCAAGCCGAAGCUUAAGCCCCUUCAGAAAUCAAAACUCAAACUCAAACCCAAAACCAAAGUCUACCCCCAGAACCAGAGACCGUCACUUUACAGUCCACAUCUGAAGUCCCACUCCGGCAGUGCUCCGUCAGGAACAUCUCGCCCUAAACCUCCACGUGUGAAGCCAAAAUCCAGGCGGAACAUAUCCCAGAACCAGAACCUGUCACGGUCAAGACCACCUCCACAUAAAACCAAGACACAGCUCAAAGUACAUUUAAAGUCCAGGCGGACAUUAUCCCAAUACCAGAACGUGUCCCAGCCAGAGACGCCACAGCUCAAACCCCAUCCCACGCCUCAGUUAGGUCUCGCCUCGUCCCAGUCGGUGUGGGACGCGUCAGUCCAGGCUGCCAUCAGAGUUGGAGACUGGAAGCUGCUGACAGGAGACCCAGGCCACGGAGACUGGGUCCCCCCACAGGUAUUGUCCACUUUCCCUGGUCGCUGGUGGAACCUCGAACGUGCCGUCUCCCCGCUCCCCAAAUCCUCCCCCCCCAAAAACGUCUGGUUGUUCAACAUCACGGCCGACCCGUGCGAGCGGCAGGACCUGGCAGACCAGAGGCCAGACGUGGUGCAGCAGCUCAUGGUCCGACUCGCCUUUUAUAACCAAACGGCCGUGCCGGUUUAUUUUCCGCCCGACGAUCCUCGAGCCGAUCCCAGCCGGCACAGCGGGGCCUGGGUACCCUGGGUGGAAGAAGAGGAGGACGAGGAGGGGAAAUAUGACGGAGUCUACAAGAAAGAUAAGAACAAGAGGAAGAGGAAGAAGCCGAAGUGCCCGCUGUGCAAGCUGCAGUCGUUCUUUCUGAAACUGAACACCAGGAUGAUGUCCAACGGGAUCUGAAGCGUUGACGUGUCAAAGACUUUUUAAAAUGUUGUUUGUUACAUUUUCUCUUCCUCAAACAAGUGAAGAAAGUGGUAACUGAGUUAAUUCAGUUAAAGCGAACCUCUUUCUAACAAGUCCUUGUCACUGGCUUCACUUUGUUGUGCCUCUAAGCAUCAAGUGAAAACUGUUGAUUUUACUUUUACUCUGAAAACAUUUAUAACAAUGUUGAAUAUGGACAUUAUGUUCACGCGUGCAGUAAACGUCACAUCUGAGGUGACGCUGCAUCGGAGAGAACUUCAUGUGUAAGACUUGAUUGAGGCUUUUCCUUAACUUUUAAAAGGUCAGUUCACUCAAAACACAUCAUGUUUGUGAGUAACUCUGGAUGUCAUGCAGGUAAAGGUUUACGUUGUUGGUCGGUUUGGUAGAAAAUAGUUUUGAAUUCCAAACUCUUCUGAUGGUAAGGUGGCUUUUCAGCUCCGUCACCUGAUUCAUUAUGUGAUUUUAUCAUUUGUUUUCCACUGUUUUGCGACAGAAGCCCUGAAAAGCAAGUGUGGGGAAAUUAAUUCUGAUGUUUUCUCUCCUUUGUUUACGACUUAAGAACAGGUGGAGCAAUUCAAAUAUCUUUUUAUGUUCCUUAUUUAUUUAUAUUUCUGUGAAACAGCUGAGGGAUCAUUUUGUGUUUUUUGUUGUAAUACUCAUUUAGGCCACACGAGGCUGACGCCAGAUGUUUGACUCAAAGCUUUCGUGUUUUCUUCCAGGUGCAUCGAGAACUUAAAACUCACCUGGAAGAAAACAUGAAUGCUGGCAAAUCUUUAUUUCCACCAGCUGUUAACAAUGUAAACAAUUAAAGAACUUAGAAAGAUUAUCCUGUUCUUAAAUCAGAAACCAGGAGACCUCACUGUCCUCUCAGGGCUUCCGUAGUUUCUUCUUCUUCACUCACAAACUGAGUUCUUGACACUGCGCCGCAGUAAAAUGUAUUUUGUAAAGGAUUUGAUUAUGUUUCUUUGAGCAGAAUGAACCCGAGAGCCACUGUUUGUAACGUGUUUACAGCAACAGUUCAUAAACAAACGUUUACUUCUAAUUGUUUUUGUCACAUGCAACAAAAUAGGACGAUGUUUUAAUAUCUAGUUUUUUUACGUUACUGUUUGAAUGUAUUGCCAAUGUCAAGCAAAUUUUGAAUUACUACAUUCUACUGUGAUCAGCAGAAACUGCUAUUAUUCAGCCCUAUAUACUAACACAAUAUUAAUGUGUGAACAUGUUGAAGACAUUAAGUGACGAGAGCUAAAAGCUCAUCUUGAAAUAAAGUGUUCGAACACGUUUUAUCCAGAUUUAGGGGAAAGAUGAAGUCAUUUAAACCCACUUAUCUUUAGUUUUGAGGAGUAACACGUUGACAGGUGCAUGUUUUUCAUGUUUACAGCUGUGUACUGAUGUCCAAACAUAAACCUUCCCUUCACAGAUUUAGUCCCAAUAUUUGUGAAUUGUCACUAAAAGUUCACAUAUUCAGAAAACAGAGUUGCAGCCGAGCGUUAACCAGCAUUAGAAUCCUCUUUGAAGUAACAUGUUGGUUUCCUCCCCUCGAGCGAGACACCUAACCUCUAAAUAUUUCAGUGUGUUUGCACAAUAUUUAACAAACCACGACUGUGGCCGCUCUGCAGCAGCAGCCAGUGAGCGUGCAGCAGAGUGCUCCUGAGAAACCCUUUAAAUGGACGCUUGAUGUCUCCACCUUGAGUAAAUAAAGGUCAAAUAAAAUGAA